CUAGAGGCGACACAAUGUGAUCAGUCGCUGGCCAAUCACAGCGCUGGUUCAAAUUUGAGAGCAACAGUUCUCAAGUCAAAAUCAAAUGUUUGAGACAAAGUGGAGACCAACGUGUCCCGAGUGAAGACAAAGAAACAUGAAGCUGUUUAUUCUCUGUUGUUUCAGGGACACGUCUGGUCAGGGACGAUUCUGCACCAUAUUCAGAUCCUACUCCAGAGGAGCACAGGGAGUUAUUCUGGUGUAUGACAUCACCAACCGCUGGUCCUUUGAUGGAAUUGACAGGUGGAUCAAAGAGAUAGACCAGCAUGCCCCAGGGGUGCCUAAGAUCCUGGUGGGGAACCGUCUCCAUCUGGCCUACAAGCGUCAGGUGACCACGGAGCAGGCGCAGGUGUACGCUGAGAAACUGGGCGUCACCUUUUUCGAGGUCAGUCCGCUGUGUAACUUCAACAUCACCGAGUCGUUCACUGAGCUCGCCAGAGUCGUGCUGAUGAGACACGGCAUGGAGCGACUGUGGAGGCCCAACAAAGGCUGA